UGGAGACUCGCGUACUUUGCUCGGAUCGAGGUGGGUGGAGCGGACAGUCGGCGGGUCACCAAGAUGCUGGCGUUUGCGGCGAGAACCAUGCCCAGGAGGCUGGCGGCUUCUCACUCACUAGGUCCCACCUGUCCGUCCAGUCCAUCCGUUCUUCUGUUGGCAUGCUAGCACAGGUUAGGCUCAGAGCCUGAACCCGAGGCAGACAGACGAACAGGUUGAGCUCAGAGCCUCACUCCGGCCAUGGUUGAGAGGCAGCAGCAGGGAGAGAAGAUCAAGCCCUUGGGCUUCCUUAAGCCAAUCUCCUUGGGGAAGGUGCCAGGCAGGUUUCAGGCACACCAGAACUCCCUGCCUCGACUGCCAGUGCCUCCCCUGCAGCAGACCCUGGAUCACUACCUCCAGAUCCUGCAGCCCAUUGUGAGCGAGGAGGAAUGGAAUAACACCAAGCAGCUGGUGGAUGAGUUCCGGAGCUCAGGAGGCGUAGGAGAGCGACUACAGAAGAGCCUGGAACGAAGAGCCAGGAAGACAGACAACUGGCUAUCUGAAUGGUGGCUAAAGACUGCCUACCUCCAGUACCGACAACCUGUGGUGAUCCACUCAAGCCCAGGCGUGUUGCUCCCCAAACAAGACUUUGUGGAUUCCCAGGGUCAGCUUCGGUUUGCAGCCAAACUCAUAGAAGGAGCUUUGGAUUUCAAGGCAAUGAUUGACAAUGAGACUCUGCCAGUGGAAUAUCUUGGAGGAAAGCCACUGUGUAUGAACCAGUACUACCAGAUCCUCUCUUCCUGCCGAAUCCCAGGCCCCAAGCAGGACUCGGUCACUAACUACAGCAGGACAACUAAGCCCCCUAUACAUAUCAUCGUUGUGCACAAUUUCCAGUUUUUUGAGUUGGACGUGUACCACAGUGAUGGGACACCUUUGACUGCAGACCAGAUCUUCACACAGCUGGAGAAGAUCUGGAACUCAUCCCUGCAGACCAACAAGGAGCCCAUUGGCAUUCUCACCACCAAUCACCGAAACACCUGGGCCAAGGCUUACAGUAACCUCAUCAAAGACAAAACCAACAAGGCUUCGGUACGUUCGAUCCAGAAGAGCAUCUUCACCGUGUGCCUAGAUGCACCCAUGCCACGGGUCUCCGACGACAUCUACAAGAGCCGGGUGGCUGGCCAGAUGCUGCACGGUGGAGGCAGCAAGCAAAACAGUGGGAACCGCUGGUUUGAUAAAACCCUGCAGUUCAUAGUGGCAGAAGAUGGCUCCUGUGGCCUCGUGUAUGAACAUGCUACUGCAGAGGGGCCCCCCAUCGUGGCACUCCUGGACCACAUCAUGGAGUUCUCGAAGAAACCAGAGCUUGUGAGGUCACCUAUGAUUCCCCUACCCAUGCCCAAGAAGCUGCGCUUCAACAUCACCCCUGAGAUUAAGAGUGACAUUGAGAAGGCCAAGCAAAACCUCAACAUCAUGGUACAGGACCUGGACCUUACAGUGCUAGUGUUCCAUCACUUUGGGAAGAGUUUCCCCAAGGCAGAGAAGAUGAGCCCAGAUGGUUUCAUCCAGAUGGCUCUACAGCUGGCCUAUUACAGAAUCUAUGGUCAAACCUGCUCCACCUAUGAGAGUGCCUCACUCCGAAUGUUCCACUUGGGCCGCACUGACACCAUCCGUUCCAACUCUGUUGAUUCCCUCAAUUUUGUCAAAGCCAUGGACAACACUAACAUGACUGAACAAAUGAAGGUCGAGCUGCUAAGGAAGGCGGUGAUGUCACACAGAUCAUACACUGACAUGGCCAUCCGAGGGGAAGCUAUUGACCGUCACCUAUUAGGCCUAAAGCUUCAGGCCAUCGAGGAUCUAGUGAGCAUCCCUGAGAUCUUCAUGGACACAUCCUAUGCCAUUGCAAUGCACUUUAACCUUUCUACCAGCCAGGUCCCCGCCAAGACUGACUGCAUCAUGUGCUUUGGACCGGUGGUCCCUGAUGGUUAUGGUGUCUGCUACAACCCCAUGGCUGAGCACAUCAACUUUGUGGUCUCUGCCUACAACAGCUGUGCGGAGACCAACGCUGCCCGUCUCACUCACUACCUGGAGAAGGCCCUGUUGGACAUGCGUACCCUGCUGCAAGAACACCCACGAGCCAAGCUGUGAGCCACCUCCAGCUCAAGAGAAGAGACUGGGGGAAACACAGGAGUAGAUGGGCAGGGUCUGUCUUGCCACAGGCCUCUGAACUGCUGGGGCCACAGGAAUAAACAGACUUCCCGGCAGAGCAAAUCCAGGUCUCCAGCCUGGCACUGCAUAUGCCAUCUUCACCAGCCAAUUCUGCCACUACCCAGGACACUGGACCUAAUCUCUUCUACCUUUGGACUCCUCCUGAAACCUCAUUUCCAUUACCUUCCUGGGAUACAGGCUUACUUCCCACCACACCCAACUCUUCCUCCCUUCUUGAUACAAUUCCAUGUGGGCCCAGCACAAGAGGGAUCCCUCUCCCCACAGCCCCAGCUCAGGGCCAGCACCAAAUGUAGUCUGACCUUCACCAUCCAGCUUCCUUAGAUGCUGUGGUUGUGGAGGAAGAGGUAUGAGGUAUCUCAGCCACCCCACUCUCCCUAGUAAACUGGGACCAGGGCUAGGUUCGGAUAUCAAAAACCAUGUGCCUUCAAUAAUAUUAUUUGCCCUGUCGUUCCCAUCA